CAUUUGCAUAAUUUUAUAAUGGGUUUUAGUGAUUGUGGUCCUGUAUUAGGCUGUUGGCGUACACAGUCAAAAUUCAACCAUGUUCAAAUCGGGCAGCUUAACGCGGAGACUAAAAAGGCUUAGUAGUACUGUAUAUAAGCCCCACUGCGAUCUACUCUAUCACAAACCAACCCCUUCAUCUUCUUCUUCUUCUUCUUUCACCAAGUUAUUCUACCUAAAACCUCUCUCUCUUUCUCUCUUACAAUUUUGCAAAAACGUACGUAAACGAUAGCAGUUUCAUUAAGGGGAAAAGGAAAAAAAAACAAAACUUGAUCGAUAAUGUAUGUGACGAGGCCUCUCUCUUUGUACAAAAAAUCUCCCUCUGCUCUGUCGGAGCCUCCUCCUGAGGGUCCCAGCUCUGGGAUCAUCGUCAUUCAAGAUGAGGAAGCUCAGCCCAAAUGUUGUUUUGGUCUAAAGAAGAGCGAUAGGAUUAGGAGACUUCCUCUUCCUCAGAAUAAAAAACUUGAAGUUUAUUACGUCCAAGGCUUCGCUCGCGAUAGAGAUCUCCAUUUUCACAGUGUCUGGUUCAUUCCGGUUCUUGGUCAGCCAUUGUCCUCUAACAAAUAUUAUGCUGUACAUCCAUUUGGAAAAGAUAGAGGGGAAGCUUUUACAUGCUGUAAAGAAGAUGAGCUGGAAACCUUCUGCUUUUACGAAUAUGCUCCUGAGACUCAACCACAGCCGUUGGAUCCCCAUAAUGAGUAUCAACAAUUGGAGCUUUCUCUCCACGGAAGAUAUCUCACUCCUUGGGGUAGUGAAAAGUUCAAAGUGGACUCAGUAGCCCCAGAUGGUUUUGCUCCAGGAUUCUUGGGUAGAAAUGGUGGUUGGAAACUCACAUUCUCAGAGUCGCCUUGGUUCGAGCUAGGCCAAGCAGAUGGUGUAGACGCAGCCCUCAGAGCCCACCAUCCUGAUUUCAACUUCCCAUUAGCCACUAAGAAAUCCAAGCCUGUGGUUGUAGGAAAAUGGUAUUGCCCUUUUGUGUUCAUCAAAGAAGGAACUCCCAAAACCAUGAAAGACGAGAUGAGGAACUACAUGUUUUACGAGAUGACACUUGAACAAAAUUGGGAACUGAUAUGUGAAAAGGAACAUAAUAGCAAUGGAGGAGGGAGUUGUGUGGUUGUGGAUGCUGUUGUUCAGAACGAAACGGUUGCGGUUGGAGGUGAGGAAGCUGUAGUUGAUGACAAGUUUGUGGCUGAUGGGGUUUUGUGGUUUAGAAGUAUGAAUAGUGAUGAAGAAGAGACUAGUAUUGGGUUGAGUUUAGCUGUUGUUGAGAGAAUUAAAUGGGAGCAAGAAAGGGUUGGAUGGGUUAAGCGGAAAGAAAAAGAAGUGAGAGUCCAGAGGACAGAGGAAUGUGGAGGAUCAUUGGGUUGGAAGAGAUUUGGGUGUUAUGUGUUGAUUGAGAGGUUUGUUUUGAAAAGAAUGGAUGGAAGCACAGCACUUAGCCAUGAGUUUAGGCACUCUCAUCAUAUUAGGACCAAAUGGGAAUGAUUAAGGCAGAGAUUUGGAUGUUGUUAAUGAUGUUCUCAGUUGUUUCAUGAAUUAUCACCAUAGUCAUGGAGGCAACAAUUUGAUUUUCUGCGUGCUUGCGUGUAUUUUUGCACUACUGCAAGAAAAAUUAGUGUAUUCUUUGUGCAUUAGUAUUAUUAUUAUUAAGUGAAAAAAUUUCAUUGGUUCUUUAGAUUGUGGAUACAAAAUUUUGUAAUUGUAUUAAUGAUGAAUAUAAUAAUAAGAUGGCUUCUUAGUUUUCUUUCA